GUAAAAUUCCAGAAGAGCGGAACAACUUGUUAGCUUGGAGACUAAGGAGUCUGGAGAUCAUGUAUCUAUGAUUUACAUCAAAUCCAAGAACAAUUGCAAGAAUUGGAUAGCAGAUUGUUGCAAACAGAUAAAUGGCUGCUGACCAUUUGCAAGAGAUUGCAGAGCAAGGGUCCUAUGUGCAGCCUUUAUCUUUUGGCCUGUGCAUGCACCAGCAUGCUUCGUUCAGAGAUGCUCUAAGCCUCCACUUUGAGCAAACUUACUUAGAGCCGGUCUACAGCCACAGAUACAGUGGGUGCUUCUCCUACAUGCACUUCCCGACACACCUGAGCAUGUACGACUGCUCCUUUGAACCUGCAUUCAUCCGUAAACGCAACGAGCGCGAAAGGCAGAGGGUCCGUUGUGUGAACGAGGGCUAUGCACGGCUCAGAGAGCACCUGCCUCAAGAGUUUGAGGAUAAAAGACUGAGUAAGGUGGAGACGUUACGGGCAGCCAUCAGUUACAUCAAACAUCUGCAGAAUCUCCUGGAGCUCCGACUGCCAGAUGCCAUGAUGGAGCUGUCACCUGGGAGCACAAGAGGAAGUGAAGCUGUAAGGCAGCUCACAGAGUGUAACAGUGAUGGAGAGUCUAAACACAGCCUGAGUGACAACGGGGAACCAUGCUACUGAACAGACUCCAUCAUACAGUGAGCACAAAUAGCAGCAUGGUCCAUAUGAAGCCCAUAAUGAUAGACUAUUCUUUUGUUACAGCACACAAAUAAAAAUCUGUGGGGCAUAAUGGCUCUUAUAAUAUAUUUUCCUGAUAAUGUUAUGCAGUUACUGUGGAUUGUAUCAAAAUUAGAAUAAUAUGAAAAUCCAAUUUUUAAUUAUUUUGUUCUUUUUUAACAUGCACUUUGUUGUUGCAUUAGUACCAUGUAAGUAAAUCUUGGGGGAAAUCUGGAGAAGUAAAUAAAAUGACCAAGACUGAGAUGCACUUUGUGGGUCACAUUCACAAUGCAGAAAAAUAAUUAAACAAUGGGAUUCAAACCAGAGUUAAACUUA